AUGGCGAAUAACGUGCGCAUGCGCUGCUCGACAGAUCCAGAUCGCGACUGUCUCAUCCACCAAAGCCGCCUUUCUAGACGACGACGUUUGUGCGACACACCAGAAGCCCGCGCGUGGCCCGAGAAUGUCCGCGCCGUCGUCGACUUCAUUCAGCAGCAUCGCGAUCAUCACGAUCACGAUCACGGUCACAAGGUCGAGGUCGAGUCCGAGUUCGAGGUCGAGGUCGAGGGCGAUAUCAACAAAGGCUUUGUUGUUCCCAAUUUCGAGACCGAGACCGAGACCGAGUUUUGUGCGCAGAUCACGUUCCCUCUCGAACCUUCCGAUUACGAGCUGCUCAUUGAGCUGCUACAGUUGACAGGCGAAGGCGAAGCUCUGCAACUCGAAGAAGUUGACGUUAACGUUGACACGCUGGAGACAACAGGCAAGUCAAGAAACUCGACCUUUUUCUCUUCUUCUCCCUUCCUCUCUAUCUCGCGCGCGCGUCGCGACUUUUGCCCUUGCCCCUUCCCUCUACUGCAAUCAUCAGACGAAAUCGCAUAUUUUGCUAACCUGUCAAUUUUUGCUCUGCCUGCAGUUUCCAGCCCCACUACCACCACCACCACCAUCGCUCCCACGGGAGACGGAGACGGAGACAAAUCCAAAUGCAACAAGCGCGACGUCGUGCUCUCUGAUGCUACUUCUUGUGCUCUGAUCAGACAGGAACUUGCCUCCCUCGGCCGCCACCUGCACCAGCGUAUGCGUCCGCUCUUCUACAACCCCCGCUUGUGCGCCAUGACCAUCACACGCCAGCCUGAGACGGUGUUCCACCUAUGCUUCAAGCACUCUGUCGGUCGGCUCAUCGAGGAGCGUGCGCAGCAGGCCUGCUCCAGCUAG